GCACUACAACAACUUGUCUUUAAAAUUUCAUCUCACAACCUAUUCUUAGUGGGAAGUCUGGUAACCUGGAAAUAAAUGAGUGCUUUGGAAUUGAAAGUUGACACCCAACUACCUUAACCCACCAUCUGAUCUCCUGCAAUUCCUGUUUAUUUACUACUCUUUUAUUUCUUUAUUUUUUUAUUUUAUUUUUAAUUAUAGCAUAAAUUAAUUUUCAACUGAAAAAAAGAAAAACCUACAGUUGAGCGCUUGACAGUGAAGAGAAGGGAGCGAGUCAAAAGUAACCCCAAGGCAACUACACCAAACUCGAAUCAGUCACCGCCAACCACAUACUGCCACGUCUUAUUUUCUCCCGAUUUUAUUCGCCCUUCUUUACAUUCCCCUCACAGCCGAGUUAUUUCGUACAGCCGUUAUCAAUUUUCCCUCGAUUUUUUUUUUUUUUGGUUUUUUACUUUCCAUUUCUUCAAACAAAAUCUCCCGUCUCUCUCUGAAUCUCUCUCCUGAAAAGCAAAUUAGGCCAAAAGAAAGCCGUUCUAAGAAACGAUGUCGUUUUCGUCGUCGUUCAGGAAGUCCUCGUGCCUUUCACGGAGAUCGAGAUCAUUGGCCAAAACGGCAGCGCUAGCAACGGUCUCGCCAACGGUGAACCAGCCGGAGAUUUCUUCUUCGUCGUCGUGGCCGCCGCCGUCGCCUCCGGCGGAGGGGGAGGAGGAAGGGCAAUCGUGGUCGACGAUGCUGCCGGAGUUGCUAGGUGAGAUCAUGGAGCGCGUUGAGGCGAGUGAAGAUCAGUGGCCUCAGAGGCAAAACGUCGUCACAUGCGCCUGCGUUUGUAAGAAAUGGAGAGAAGCUAUGAGAGAGAUCGUUAGGGCUUCUUCCCCCGGAAGCGGCAAAAUCACUUUUCCUUCAUGUCUUAAACAGCCUGGUCCAAGUGAUUUUCCAAACCAUUGUAUUAUAAAGCGGUGCAAAAAGAACUCAACAUUCUACCUUUUUCUUUCUCUUACGCCAUCCUUCACCGACAAGGGGAAGUUUCUAUUGGCAGCAAGAAGAUAUCGACAUGGUGCUCAUAUUGAGUAUAUUAUAUCCCUUGAUGCAGAUGACUUAUCUCAAAGCAGUAAUGCCUAUGUCGGGAAGUUAAGUUCGGAUUUUCUAGGCACCAACUUUACGAUUUAUGAUAGUCAACCCCCGCACAGUGGUGCCAAGCCUUCAAGCAGCAGAACAAGUCGCAGAUUUGCAAGUAAGCGAAUCAGCCCCCAAGUUCCAGCUGGCAAUUUUGAGGUGGGAAAAGUGUCUUACAAGUUCAAUCUGUUGAAAUCAAGAGGUCCAAGGAGGAUGGUUUGCUCAGUGAAAUGCCCUUUGCCAGAAGAAAGGGCUGACAAGCAUUUAGAUGACUCCAAAGCAAAAAUAGCUGAGGGAGCUGCACCUGGUCUUGCAAUUUUGAAGAACAAAGCUCCAAGAUGGCAUGAACAUUUACAGUGCUGGUGUUUGAAUUUCCACGGUCGGGUUACAGUUGCAUCUGUGAAAAACUUUCAGCUGGCUGCAACUGUAGAUCCAAGUCAACCAGGAGGGAAAGGAGAUGAAGAAAAGGUUCUCCUCCAGUUUGGGAAAGUUGGGGAUGAUACAUUCACCAUGGAUUACAGGUCACCCUUGUCCCCCUAUCUUGCAUUUGCCAUCUGCCUUACAAGCUUUGGUACAAAGUUGGCUUGCGAAUGAGUUUAUUUUGAUGUGUUUAUAUCUAUAUCAAGUUGUGUUACAUGUUUAAUAUAAUUAUUUCUGCAUGAUUUCUACUUCCAAAAGGUUUGGACAACCUUUGUUCAGUGAUACAAAGCAAAUGAUGUACAUGUUCCCAUUGUAUCUAUAUCAUUUUCUGAAAUUAUUGGCUGCAAAACGCAUCUUAUGUUAGCACCGUAUAGUUUACAUAAAGAACAGUUCAUUUUGUCUUGAAGUCAUCCUACAAUAUAUUUCCAUGCAUAAAAUUCCAAUUGCAACAAGUUAAAAUGUCAAAAACAAAUUUGAUGUCAUUUGCUGGAGUUUUCAGUUUGCUGAAAUCUUCAUCUGUUAAUUGUUGGAGAGUGUUUUAGAAAUAAUAUGAAAUUGACCAAAAGCAAACACAAACAGCACAGAGAAUCCCAUCUUACAGUCAAGAACACACACAAACUUCAUUUCAUAAGCAGUCGCAGACAUAAGUCAUCACACAAAGUCAAAAACAGUGUUCUUACAAGCGACCCAUAACGGCAUAAAACAUUCAUUUACAUCACCAAGUUUUAGGACUCAAGAUUCUGGGCGAUAUUCAAGUUCUGUUUGUUCUUUCUACGAGACUCUUACUCACUCACUUCUUCCCUCGCAGCUUCGCACCAAGAGCCCUCUCCAGUUUACCAAUUAUUUGUUGGUUAGGGAUGGCUUUUCCGGAUUCAUACUCCUGUAUAAUCUGAGGCUUCUCAUUGAUCAUCU